AAAGAAAAAAACUGAUCAUACACCCAUGCAGAUGCAUUAACACAAAAUAACUUACUGCUAUCUCACAUUUUGUGGGACGUUAGGCAUCAUGGUUGAAAGAAGCAACACUAGAUUGUCGACUGCACUGAGAUAAAUUAUUUAUUGGUUCUCUUUUUGUUCUAUUUUUUCUUUUCUCUUUCGUUUCCUGAGUUUGGCACCUGGUGGUGUUGUUCUGGGUAGAUUCAUGGUUUGCUGCACUAUUUAACACGCCAUGCGUUCCUAUUCCACACUUGUUAAGAUUAUAAUGAUGAGCGUCCUUAAACUGUUUCUACUUCUGAGCUGCUGGACUUUUACAGGAACUAUGGCAGAACCUCUAAAAGCAACAUAUUACGUUCUCAGAAACAACUUUGUGUGUUUGAAUGUCAGUAAAAGUCCUCCAUAUUCUCAUGGUAAAUGGGAAUUUUCUGGUGAAGUUAUUUAUCACGAGGAAGGCAUCAAUCCCAGCUAUAAAGAGAAAGCAUGGCCUGGUCCCAAAUACUUUUCCCUUUGUAUAAAAAUGUUGACUGAUAAUGACACCGGUAUCUAUAAAUUCUCAUUUACGCACAAUUUUAUUAUAGUAUAUGAGCCAUAUCAAGUAAUCAUCCAAGACAUGGUUCCCAGACCAGUGAUGAUGAUGACGUCAGAGCACCACUCCAACCUGACUGAGGGAUCCUGCAGCGUCACAGUAAACUGCUCCAUCCAGGACAACUUGCUGUGGUCCGUCUGUGAUGAAGACGGCUGCAGACCACCUCAGAAGUCAUUCCACAAUUUCAACAUCACCGUCUUCACUGAGAACAGAACUGUUGUCUGCAGUGGCAACAACCAUGUUAGUACAAAUAACAUCACAGAGAGGAUGGAGACAGCUUGUUUCAGUAAAUCCAACCCUGACCCCAAAGAGGAACCACAGCAACACCAUGGAACAGUGAUCUAUAUUCUUUCAGGAUUGGGCUGCAUGUUGGUCUGUUCUUUCUUAGCCAUAAAACUCUUUUCUGCUCUUCGCAAACAUCAGGCAACAACAAGAGCUGCUCUGUUAAUACCCAGUGGGCCGUUAGAGAUGGGAACACAAUCCAAUCCCAGAGUCUCAACAUCAUCUUCCAGUGAAGCUGAGCCUUCCUAUGAGAAUGUGGAAAUGCCUCAACCCAGAGAGAUCAGCAUCCCAAUAGAGCAGCAGUUCUCCUGGGAAAGUAAGGGAGCAAAUACUGUCUAUAGUGUACCAAGACGAAAAGACUCUCGAUUCAAGACUGACAGUGGUGAAGAAUCAGCGAGACACAGGAACACACAAGAGUCUGUCACCCUGGAUGCGACACGACACCCAACACAAACUGAAACGGUGUACUGUUUGUUGGAGAAGCCAAAGGAUGUAAGGUCACAGCACCUCCAAGAGUCCUGAAAGUCAAAAGUCAUGAACACGGUGAAAGUAAGCUGGUACUGUCCGGUACUGCGUACCACUAAAAGAUUCGCUUGCGGUAGGCAGUAGUGAUGUGCCAUGUGCGAAAGAGGCGGCUCUGAGAGGCGAUGCUUUGAAGUGAACCAGAAGAGCCGGCUCCCAUCGAGUGAGAGCUAGAGAUGUGAUGUUCAUGAACGAAUUGAUUCUUCUGAAUGCCUCUUUUAAAUGAACAAUGGGAACAGCUGUUCAUCAUAGACAUCAUAGAAGUCUGAUGUCCAACACGCUCCAUUCAUGUGAAACAUCUAUGGACAGAGAGUAUUAUUCAGAAACAAAUGCUGAGUUCUAUCCAAAACAUUUACAAGAAUUUGCACUAACUGCUCAGGUUUAUUCUUUUUUUAUCUAUAUUUUUCCUAUAAUCUUUUAAAUCUUGUAUAUUAGAUUUUAAAUAAGUACAUAUUUUG